AUGAACAGGUUAUUCAAUACUGUUCUCACGUCUGUUGCUCAUGGGACCAAGCCAUUACCAUCAUUCAUCAAUAGUUCCACAAUAAGUAGUAGGCCAUACUCAUCAUCGAAUGGCAACAACAACAACAACAACGAUAUAAUGAGCGAUGGCAAAUCAUGGAGAAAGUUAUUGUUCACAGACUUGCAUGUUUCUACAAAGACAUUGGAUAGGACGCUCAGUGUGUUGGAGGCAGUGCGCAAGAGAGCAGUGUCAGAGAGAUGUCCUGUCGUGUUCUUGGGCGACUUUUGGCAUCAGCGCAACAUACUACACGUACGACACAUUGAUAGAUUGCUUCAAGAGUUUGAUGAGUGGCGCCGUGAUGGUGUGCAGGCGGUGUUCAUCCCGGGCAAUCACGACCAAGUGUCUGUGGAUGGCGCUGUGCACGGCAUGCAACUGUUUGGACUGUUUGACAACAUACGUGUGGCGACUGAGCCCAUCUUUGAUCGAGACGAGGGCUGUGCCUACCUGCCCUGGCGCGAGGGCAAGGAUGCACAACGUGAGUUGUUCCGAUCGCUGGACGAUGUGCAUCCCUUAGCCGCGCCAAAGUGGACGGUGUUUGCGCAUGCUGAGGUCAAGGGUGCCCGCUCCAACGGUGGACAUCGUGCGACAGGCAAGAUCGAUGACGAGGGCAUGAAUAACCUGCGUGCAUGCUACCUUGGCCAUUAUCAUGGUCGUCAGCAAGUGGCCACCAACGCAUGGUACAUUGGCAGUCCAUAUCAACAGAACUUUGGCGAGAUGAAUGAUCCACAUGGCAUCGCGCUGGUCGAGAGUGGCGACAACAUUCAUCCUCACUUCAUUGAUCUAGAUCAAAUGCCUCGACAUUGGAAGUUGGAGUAUCCAGCUGAUUUCGUGAAGGACACUGGCAAGUCAUCAUUGGUCAAUGAGAAGGACAUUGUAGAAGUUCGCUCCACAAGGGACAUAAUGCGCCAACCAGAAUACAUUGGCGCCAUUGACUCACUGCCCCUGCUCACUGAGCUACGUAGGGUGAUGGUAUCAAAGGAGGAAGACGACCCAACAGCAUCACAGGAGGAUGGCGAGAGUCGCCCGUCAAAGGCUGGUUCGAGGGAGCGUGGACAUCUCAAGUUGGAGGACUUCCUAAAGGAGUAUGUCGAGAUGAAUGCUGCGACACAUGGCUGGACACCCGAGAAGACCGAGGAGAUAGUGGCCGCUGGCAAGGAGAUACUUGGCCAGGUCAAGGAGACCGCCGUCACACCAUUGGGCAGAAAGGUCACAAUCAAACGAUUGGUGAUUCAAGACUUUUGUAGCAUUAGAGGCAACCUCGAGCUGGCAUUGGAGGGUCUGACAAUGGUGAUGAUCAAAGGACGCAUGGGUAUUGGAAAGAGCAGUAUAUUCGAGGCUUUGGUAUGGGCGAUAUAUGGCGCGACAUCACCUCGCAAACAAGCCACCUCGAGUGCAUCGAUCAAGGGUGAUGAGGUGAUCAACGACACUUCCAAGUCAACUACAGUCACCUUGUGGCUGGAUGUCGAUGGCAAAGAGAUCAGCAUAUCACGAUCAAAGAAACGUGGACAUGGAAGCAAGGUGGAGAUUACUGGAUUGGACGAUGGAUAUCGCCAGGGUAUCGCAGACCAGCAGUCAGCGAUACACAACAUCAUUGGCUUGGACUAUGAUCUGUUUAGGAUGUGCGUGUAUCUUGGGCAGGGCUCCAUUUCAAACUUUGUAACAGACACGGACAAGCGUCGCAAGGAGUUACUCUCACGUGCAUUCUCCCUGGGCAUGUGUAUACCUGCGGCCAAGAUUGCCAAAGAGUCACGCAAGAAGCAGGAGACCAUGGUUGGCGAUAUGAAACAGAAGCGUGCACAACUAGCUGCAUCAUUGGACACCUGGCUUGCCAUCGACUAUGAUCAAGAGCUGGCACAAUGGAGUGAAUCCAGGAAGAUACAGUUGGCAGAGCAUAGACAACAACUUCAACUGUACAAGGACAAGCUAGAGCAACUUAAGCAAGAUCAGGGACAUAACACUGGCCAGGAGAUUAGCGAAUUGGAGCUGGAACGAGAGAACGCACAGAAUGAGUUGGCGAGCGCGGAGUAUGACUAUGAUGAGUGGACAAAGGAGCAAUCAGCAAAGACUAUCAAGACCAACACCGACUGGAAUGUUGGCCAGCAUGCAUUGACAAACAUCCAACGAGAGAUUCAAAAGUGCAAGGAUGUACUGCAGCGAGCAAAGCGAUAUAUCUCUGCCAAAGAGAGUGAUACUACCGCCACAUGUACUGAGUGUGGACAAUCAUUGGAUACAGAGGUACACCAGAGAUUGGCCUGUAACAACGAGAUCAAGAUGGCUGCGUUGCAGGGCGAGUUGGACAAGAAGAAGAAGGAGCUGGAGGCACUGGAUGUGGAGCGAGCGAGUCUGGCACGAGCCAAGAGAGAGCAGACACAGGCGGUGAAUGAACAGCGAUCAAAGUUGAGGGAUCAAAUCAAACGCGUUACCCAACAGUUGGGCAACACAAGCAAGCAUGGCAUUGAGUUGUUGGAGCAGAGCAUCAAAGAGCGCGAGUCCCAGAUCAGGGAGCUGGAGAAAGACCCUGGCAACCCAUUCGCGACACAACAGAGACUAAAAGAGGACAAGAUCAAUCAGUUGAGCAAGGACAUUGAGAAGAUUGACAGCGCGCUAGAUGAUGUGGAAACAAAGAGACUGGAGACACUGCAGUUCUGGGAGGCUGGCUUUGGCAGCGACGGCAUAUCCGUGCUGGCGCUGAACCAGGUGAUCAAAGAGGUGGAGGGCUAUGCCAAUGAGUACCUCUCGAUCCUGUCACAGGGCAAGCUGUUCACAACGCUUGCCAUGCACCAGGAUGAGCUGACCAUCGAGGUGUUUGAGUUGGACAGCAAGAACAUCAUCCAGCCGCGCUCAUUCUAUCAGUUGUCGGGCGGCCAACGACGCUGCGUAGAGUUGUCAUACAGUCCAUUCGCAUUGAGCGAGGUCAUAUUCAACCAUGUUGGCUCACGCGUCACACUGAUGGUCGUGGACGAGCUUACCAAUCACCUGGAUGCCACGAUCAAGCCCAUCAUCUGUGAGCUACUCCGUCAACUGCCUGAGCGCGAGUCCAUCGUUGUGGUGGACCACGAUGCAUCGGUCCAAAGUGAGUUCGACCAUGUCUUUAGUCUGGACAUUGAUCAACAAACAAACCAACAUACUCUACAAGAGGUAUAA